AUGGCCGAAGACACAGGGCACACUUCUGAGAAUGAUCCACAUAUUUCUUGGAAUGAUCUCUCUGUAUUGGAUAUUAAAGAAUGUACCCAAUCACAAUUUCUGGAAGUUCUCACGAAUUUGGACGAAAUCUGUACGAGCCAAUCAGCAGACAAACGAACAACAUUUAUUGAGCAUGUCUACCGCCGAAUGCUUCUUACGAUCUCUCGAACGACAAAUAUUUCACUGGAUCGAAUCGUUCCAGUAAUUAAGCAGUUGACUACAUACAGUCCAGUAAUGACAAUUUUAACUGUCGAUGACUUGAAAAACAUGAAUAUAGAGAUGGAGAAACGAUCCGUGAUAAUUCACUUUGAUAUGAGUGGAUCAAUGUCAACAUCGGGCUUCGAUCCAUUGGUAAAUUCUCUUAAACAUUUAUGUAAAAGCUUACAUGAUCAAGGUAUUGAAGUAUAUGUGUCAUUGUUUGGUGGAAGUACAGAAGGAGUGCAUGCGGCUCUCGGUGGGCGAUUACUCACAUCAGAAGAAUUCAAAAAUGGAAAUUAUCGACCUAAUGGUGGCACUGCAUUUUGUCCGUCUUUCGAACGAACCAAACUAUUCCCAACUGCUUAUGAUGCAAUUAUAAUUUCUGAUGGUGAAUUCACUGACUCCGUUUCUUUGUUGACAUUUCAAGAACAUUGUCAAACAGUCUUCUUCGUUGCGCCUCCGUGGUCUCCGCUGGGGAUCGAAAAGAAACAUGCUAGAACAAUUUCAUCCUGUGUCAAACCGAAUGUUCCCUACAUUGGCAUAGCUUCCGAUGAAUAUCCUCAACUUGAAUGUAUCAUUAACAGAUUCUUACGUGAAAACAACACUUUUGCCCAACUAACUGGAUUCGUUACCAUUGGUACCUUUGUUCUUCCAUCGAGCAUUCUUGCACCAACUCGAAUGCGGCAAAUUUUCAUCAAUGCUGUUGCACAAGGCGAAACUCAAUUACAGGCUUUAACAAGGAAAAUUAUCGGUCUUUUUCGAUACCUCGAAGAAACGGCUAAACUCAACUUUGAGCGAUGUGUCCGAGGUGAAGAUUUUCGAAAUUUGAUGUCGUUGGUCAAUCCAUUAAUUCGAUCGGCACAGGUUCAUUUAGAGACAAGUGUCGCCUGUCAACAACUGUACGGUUAUUUAGACAAGAUUGUGAGUAGUUUUGCUAUUGAAAAGAAAAAAUUGUUGAAGAAUAAUGCCCACGAUCCAAAGUUCACAGCCGAAUUACAGAAAUUUUGGGAUGAUGCUAUGACUUACAGUGAAAGAGAAUGUAUUAUCGAAGAAAACAUACGACGAUAUGGACAACCCAUUGGUUUUUUGAAUAUCCACACAGAUCGGUUACUGUGUACAGGCGAAAUUUUGUCGGAAGCAUUACAACAAUUGAGAAGACUCUAUGUUCUGGAAAGUCCAGAUUCUCUAUCACUUGUUUUUGAGCUUUUGUUUAUGUCAACCAUUGACGAUCAACCAACUCCUGGUCCUGAAGAUUCACGCAUUCUUAUCUGGAAGAAACCAGAUGGUAUCGUAGAUUUGUUGUCAAUCCUACGCCAACUACCUUUUUGUCUUCAGCAAUAUCAAUAUGGAAAAAUGAUUUCACAAGAUUGUCCUUGGACCCUGCAGCCAAUGGCAGCUACUCGAUUAGCUUGGGUAAUGGAUGUAUCACAUCGACCGUUUCCAGAUUUCAUUCUACAAUCAUUGCCCACGCUAGUAAAACCGUGCAAAUUUUUAACUGAUCUCGAUCGCGAUGAAAAUCGAGAGGUGUUUUGGGCGAAGAUUAUACGUGAACUUGCGUCAAAAAUUGAUCUAUCAAUCGAGAAUUUACAACUGGUUAAUCAGAUUCUCACUGUUUAUGGAAUAAAAAAUUUCAUAAUGAGAUUAUAUGAUAGAUCGAUCACUUAUGAGAGACCACUCUAUGGGAAUGCCUCGCCAUACAUCGAUACAGACGAACCUACAGCUUGGUGUAUCUUUGUUAACAAGAUGGGUGAACGAGUCGAUCCUCGUACCGGUGAACUCACAACUCAAUCGAGGCUUAUUACUGACCCUAAUCAAAUAGAUAGCUGGUACCGCUCCAAUCUGACAGCACAUGGGUCUCUAGUUCGACCACGAUAUUUAACUCGGAUCGAGUUUCCACUUUUACCAGAUGAUGCCAUUGAACUAUAUCAGACCCCAAACCAAAAGGAUACUGAUACUUUGCGCAAUCAGUUACUCGAACUCUAUGGUAGCUCAUACUCAUCUGAUCAAAUCAAUGCACAUAUCAAUACUAUUCGCGAUCAAUUCAAGGCAGUUCCGCGUGUAAUGUGGGGAUCUACCAAUUUAAUUACAGAGACCGUAGCUUCAAUAAAAGAAGCGUGUCAAAAUGCUCCAAUAAUAAUAGAAAAGGUAAUUGUAGAUGUUACACGAUCGAAUGUUAUUAAUUACUUGUGCUCGCAUUGUGAUGAUCUGUUUAUUUCUGGGGCAUUAACUGGUUUUGCUACCUACUCAACGAUGGCGAGUCAAGAAGGAGGUGCAACUAUUUCCAAAUUCGACUAUGCUAUCGAAUGUGGACAGAAAGCUAUUUUGGAACCAACGAUCAUUCAAAAUGUUCGCAUACAUCAUUUGGAUCAAUCUAGUGUUCAACAAUACAUGAAACAAAAGUACAAACAAUUGAUGCAAUCGAUUCGUUUGAUGGCACAACCACCUCAAUUUUCGAGUCUGAGUGAUUUACUACAUAAAACACAAUUGACAACGACCAUCGAUCGUGGAUUCUUAUCGGCAGGUACAACUGAAAAUGGAUCACAAACAAGACUCAACAAAACACUCUUCACUUGUCCUAUUACACUCGAUAUUAUGGAAAAUCCUGCAAUAACCACACCUUGUGGGCACAUGUUCGACAUGAGUGCCAUCACUGAACACUUGAAAACAGCUAAUAACAUUUGUCCAGUGUGCCGAACAACGAUAACAGAUGUGGCACACAAUGAUGCGUUUAAGGCUGUUAUUGAAGCUUGGCUAUCUCAUCAGACUGAAUAG